GCGCAAAUUACCAUGUCCUUAGAAGAUGCGACCGUCGACACACAGCAAGUAUGUAAAUUACUAGACGAUAUGACGGCCAGUAUGGCCUCUGCGCGUGAAGCUAUAGAGUCACUAAAAACAAAAGGUCCAUCUUACUUCGAGACUAAGGAUGGAAUAUCUCUUCUUUCUUUAAAACACCAUGUGCUGCUCUCGUACAUGCAAUCCCUUCUCCUUGUGUCCACUCGUAGAGCUUUAGGCCAUUCGUUAUCCAUUCGCGACCCUCCUUCAGAGCCAUUCAGUAGUCUCGAGCGCAGUGCUCGUGGCGCAGGCUCUGGGGACUUGGUAGACCAGAUGAUUGAAGGUCGAAUUGUCCUAGAAAAAGUCAAAGUUCUGGAAGGCCGCAUGCGCUACCAAAUUGAAAAACUCGUUAAGGCUGCCCAGCAAAAGGGAAAAGUAGAAGCAGACGAUAUAAUUAACGAUCCCCUUGCAUUCCGACCCAAUCCUCAAAAUCUGCUCGAUACAAAUGUGGACGAUAAGGACAACGGCAACGACACUGGCGUCGCUCAUAGCCGAAAUGGCGAUAGUAAUACGGAUGGUAUCUACCGCCCCCCUCGUGUCGCACCCAUGCCCUAUGUGCCUCAAACCUCCGCCAAAACAAAACGCCAACAGCGCGCUCCCAUUCCGACAUCUCUUGCGUCUGUCUUACACACAGAUGGUUCCAUGCCUCACGUCGAAAGUACAUCCGGUCUUGGAAACACACCAUCGCUGAAUAAUACCUCUUCUCGUGCCAAAUAUCUCAAACACUUGACUGAAUUUGAAGAAGAACAAUUUGGUCGUGUGAUGAUGGGCAAGAAAGAGGCGAGGCGUAGGGUCAGAGAUGAGGAAGCUUUGGCUCUUGGGGGCGGUUUAAGUGGUCUCGGAGAAGAGGGCAAAGGACGGAGACAACGUACUGCUGGUGGGUGGGAAGAUGAAUUUGGUGAUGUUCUAAGGGACGUCGAGCGUGGCUCAGGCCGUGGUCUUGGAGGUGAUGGGUAUGAUGAAUUACGACAGCGGAGCAAGAGAAGUGGGGUUUUGCAAAGAAGUCGGGAGAAUAAAAAGAGGAGCGCCGAUUCUGUUGUUGCAGAUGCAGAUGUGCCUCAGAAGCGGAAGAAAAGUAGAUUUGAGAGGGAACGGAAGGGUAUCAAAGUUAAAAGGUAGAUAUGCACUGGAUAUACAGUCUUUCAACAGUCUUUAUGUGACAUGGAAUAAAGUCCUCAUUAGUCCUCAUUAUCGUCAGAGGAUUCUAAGACACUUGUCUUCUGGCCAAAUCAUUUAAUCUUACUUGAAUACCUGCUCUUGUAUAGCCCAUUGCAUUACGCGUGAGUGUCAAUGUAAUUUUUUUAUGAAGUGAUUUCCGCCCGUGGACGUGUGGAUGGCACCGGAGUACCCGAGCUACCCCUUGCAUCACGCAGAAAGAUUAUAUGCGACG